AUGGGAAGCUGUGCAUCAAGGGCAGAGAGUCGUGUUUGUUUAUCAUCAAAGAAGAAAAACGGGAAGCAAAGAAGGAGAAGAGUAAUCUCAAAGCGUGUUUCUUCUCUUAAGGCUGAAAAACUCAAUGUUUCUGGCCAACCAGAUCGCUCUUACACUAAUCCUCCUUUUCAAGGAAGCAUUGAUGGUGCCUGGUCGGAUGCUAUUUCAGUGCUUGAAUCUGAAUUGGAUGAUGAAUUUUAUAGCGUACAUGAUGAUAUGAUAUCUGUUACCGAACCGGAAAAUGCGUCUGCAUUGGGUAUUUCAUCCCGGAGAGAUUUUAAUCACAAGGAUCAUAACGAUAGUGGGGAGGUAGUAACUAAUGACGGAUAUGUGCAUGCUCGGAUUCGUGAUCAAGUGACUCCUGUAUUCGCUGAUGAAGUUUCGAAUGUGAGUGUUGGAGGUCAAGCGGAGAAUCAUUCUGGAAUUCUUCCAAUUAAUUGCUUGCCUUGUCUUGCUUCAACUGUCGCUUCAAUCGACAAAAAAAGACCAUUAAGCCCAGGCACACCGAGUUCCAAGAGAAGGCCUUCUCUUAAACUUUCUUUUAAAUGGAGAGAAGGGAAUGUUAGUACUCCAACCCUAGUUUCGCCCAAGGCACUUGUGCAAAGACCUAUUGCUGGUUCCUCAAUUCCUCACUGCCCCACAGAAAAGAAGAUGCCUAAUUGUUGGUCACCCAUUGAGUCAAGUACUUUCAAAGUUCGUGGAAAGAACUAUUUUAGGGAUAAGAAGAAAGGUUGUGCUCCAAACUAUGCUGCAUUUUAUCCUUUCGGUGCAGACAUUUUCCUAUCUCCAAGGAAAAUUCAUCAUAUCGCUAGAUUUGUGGAACUUCCUCACAUCAACACAUCAGAUGAAGUUCCUGAUGUUCUUGUUGUAAACAUUCAGAUACCUCUGUAUCCUGCUACAAUAUUUCAAAGCGAAAAUGAUGGAGAAGGAAUGAGCUUGGUUAUGUAUUUUAAACUGUCCGAAAGUUACUCGAAAGAGCUUCCCCCUCAUUUUCAAGAGAAUAUCAGUAGGUUAAUUAAUGAUGAAGUGGAGAGGGUUAGAGGGUUCCCUCUAGAUACCAUUGCACCCUUUAGGGAAAGAUUAAAAAUAUUGGGCCGACUACAAAAUCUUGAUGAUCUUCAAUUAAGCGCUACUGAAAAGAAGCUUAUGAGUGCCUACAAUGAGAAACCUGUACUCUCACGUCCUCAACAUGAAUUCUAUUUGGGAGAAAAUUACUUUGAGAUUGAUUUGGAUAUGCAUAGAUUUAGCUACAUCUCUAGAAAAGGUCUUGAAUCAUUACAAGACAGGUUGAAGCUUUGUGUCUUGGAUUUUGGCCUGACAAUUCAGGGCCACAAGUCAGAAGACUUGCCAGAACAUUUGUUAUGUUGCAUACGCCUGAAUGAACUUGACUACACUAAGUACCGUCAACUGGGAAGUUGA